AGCGCGACCGCAGCCUUCCUCUAUCCUGGUUAUGCGUCGUACAAGACAUUGUCGCAACGACCUGCAAACGAAGCCGACCUCGAACGAUGGUUGAUGUACUGGAGUGUACUGGGGUGCAUCGUCGCGGUGGAGUCUGUCGCUGAGUGGCUCGUCUCAUGGUUGCCGUUCUACUACUUCUUCAAGACCAUAUUUUUGCUCUACCUUGCCCUACCUCAGACCUCCGGGUCCGCAUGGCUCUACCAGACUCAACUCCGCCCCUUCUUCUCGGCGCACGAGAACCAAAUCGACACCGCGCUCGCGCAGGCUAAGGUGUACCUCUAUACCUCUAUCCAACGCCUCCUCCGCCGCGGCUGGGAGCAAGUCUCGGGCGCGGUCUCUCAAGGUCCAAAUCAACCCGCAGGUUCUUCCUUGCUGGAAGAAGAUGCCGCAUCGCACACCGGCGCACCCCCCAGCACCCACGACCCCGUCUCCGGGCCCGCACAGCUUGUCGCCGGACUCUGGAGCACCUACGGCCCCAGCCUCCUCGCGUCCGGUGCCGCGCUCAUCACUCAGGCCCAAGCAUCCGCAGCUCAGGCUGCAGCAAACGCGAACGCCAGUGCUCAAGCUAGCCGGAGCUACCGGAGCCGCGGCAGUGCUGAGGACCGCCGUAGGCAGCUCGAGGCGGAGCUCGCGUCGCUCGGGGAGGAGCCUGCGGGCUACGACGUCUCCUCGGCGACGUCAAGUCCGGCGUUCGUGGCCGUGCAGAUGCCUGCUCCGGAUAACGGCUCGGGCAGCAAGUCUGCGUUCGAAGAGGUCGAUGUCCCGAGCGACGUGGAGCCGGAGGGGGGACACCCCGUCUCGCCACGCCCGGACCAGAAGAGGACGAGUUGGUUCGGCUGGGGUGGCGCGAGCGCAGGGUCGGGAUACGAGCGAGUGAAGGACGAGUGA